AUCCACUUAGCCGCGUAAUCGGUGGAUCGUCGUCCAUUAUCCAAUUCCAUCGGGUGGACGUCACAAAAGGGCCUAAUCACGACGACCGUGCCCGUCGGUGACGGACGAGGAGCGUAACGUCAAUGGCCAAUCCCGUGGUCAUCAAUGGAAAUUGAGAUGCCACGAGCUACUCCGCGUCUGCUACCAGAGGAACCAUUGUGUAUUCGUUUAGCGGAUGAAAAGCCCGUCAAUUCAGGUCCGAGCUUAGCGCUCGCUUCCGAUUCGACGUCAAUUAGAGACGAUUUACCUUUGUCCGCGUUUUGUGCGCGUUUUCUCGGCCUGUUUAGAUCAGGUAUACAAACCCGUAUGUAGGUAGCUGGGUCACAUAUUUUCUUCGACUUUCAUAAGCGAACCCCUUUGAAUCGAGCGACCGGCUAUUUCCGUCAUUACUCCAAUCCCCUCUGAUCCGCCGUUUCUAUUCGAAUUAAUAAACCGCUCUCCGAGCGUAACGCAAUUUAUUAUUUUGUUUUCGACAUGUUUCCCAUUCGCCGAAUCGAAUCGAACCUGAUAGCAUUUUCAUGCGAAUAUAAAAUGUAAUGCAGGAUCCCAUAAAGAACGAUACAGUAAAUUGGAAUGAUCGUGCUCCCGAGACCCUGAAAUCGGAUUUCUUUCUUCCUUACGUAUUUGUUUCCGUACGAGACGAGAAGGAAGGAAUUACGAGCGAAAGAGUGGAACGAUACCCGAGACCGAGGCAAGACGAUUGAAAAAAAGUGGGGAGGCAAACAGUAUUCGAUGUGCCAGUUCGCCGUGUCGCAUUGUAGGUGGAACGACUAAUUGCGUUGCACCUGUACGAACGAAGCGCGCGACCCAGUGCCGUCUACGCAAAUUUCGCCCGAAGUUCGACUUGAGGAUUGCCAGACUUUUCCGCUUCGCACGGUUUUUUUCCGUUUCCCGCGGCUCGACAAUCAUUUUCUUCGAGCAUACCAUCGCUCGUCGCACGCGAUCUCUCUAGUAGUUUCACGGGAAUCAAAGUAACCGGAAGCUGAUCACAUGAGCCGAGGAUCCAUUUGCAGCUGGCAGGAUUAUGGACGCAGAAGUUCUCAAAGCAUGCCACAGUUCAGUGGCGGUCCGGUGGAAUUUAUGACCAGCGACGACAUCGAGCUGAAGAGGGGCGAUGGUUGGUUCUUGUCGUACACAAAGAUAGCGGGGAUCGUCGUGGUUUUUAUCAUCGGUGUCGUCGCCGCUGGAUUCCUGGGAUGGUACAUCAAUUCCUUGCCAAAGAAGGAAGAGUUUGAUUCGGUGGAUCUGUCGGACGAUGAGAUCGAGGGUGCCGUCGACGAGACUCUGGCCUCGCCGUUCGUGAUUCCCUUGAAGUAUCGUCUCGAAUUGAUCCCGAUCAUCGACGUUACCGGAUCGUCGAGGCUGAAGGGUCGCGUGGUCAUCGACUUUCGAGUAAACGACACGACGGGCUUGGACAGAAUCACGUUGAACGCGGGCAACGUUACGGUGACGAAUUACAAACUGUCGAAUCUGGAAACGCCGAUGAAAAAAAGGCGAUCGAUUAUCGUCUACGUUUCCAGCGGUUCCAGCGAGUUCAACGAUUUCAGCGGGGGACGCGUGCUACGAUCCGUGAACGAUAACUCGACCGAGGACUCGAUACAAGAAGAUGCAGAAACGGAGAAUGCGUCCGAAGCUACGACUCUCGCAGAAGCAGAUAAUCAAACGACGGCGACAGAAACGACGAUAACGACGACUGAACAACCAAUUACGGUUACGACCACCUUGAAACCGACGACUGUACAAACGACUACGCAAACGAUCGUCGAAACAGGAUCAUUGCCUACCGAUGAUGAUUCAUCGAGAAUACCGAUCGCGAGCUAUGAUGUGGACGAGGACAAAAAAAUUCUCACGAUUCGUUUAGACAGUCAGAUUCAGCAAGGAGUCUACGAGCUGGAUUUGGAGUACGAAACGGCGAUGGACGAGGGAGAAUUCUUCAUCGCGAAUUACACCGAGGACAUGUGGUUAAUGGGAACGAGAUUAAGGCAUUCCGGUGCCAAAUACCUGUUCCCAGUUUUCGAUGACACGGUGCACAAGUCAGUUUUCUCUGUAUCCGUGGCACGUUCCAAAGAAACGAGAGUCCUCACAAACAUGCCCUCCAGCACUCUGAGAGACACCACGGACGGUUCGGUCCUCGAAACAUUCAACGAUUCUGUUCCGCUUUCGACGAACGAGCUGGCCUUCCUGAUGGGCCACGUGAAGCCUAUGAACGAGACGGUCAUCGGGAACACCGACGCGGUGGCAACGUUCUGGUGCGAAUCGAACAGAGACUUACAUGACAGUUACCUCCUCGACAAACUCGGCUCAAUCGUCAUUAACUUGAUCGACGUGUUCUCGUUGGCUUACCCAUUGCCCAAAGUGGACAUAGUCUGUCUGCCUCCAGGGAUCGACGAGAACAUGGCCAGCCCCGGAUUAAUCGCGAUCAAGCAAUCGUUGUUUAACACCGCCGAUAAAUCGUCGCUGGUCGUCAAGUCUCGCGCGCUGAAGGACUUGAUCAACCUGAUGGGACAGCAGUGGUUCAGCGAAUUAGUGAACGUGAACCGGUCGGAGGAAUGGAUCCUCGGGGGUUCCCUGAUUCACUUCCAACACAGGAUCGUUCCAGAGAUAGAUCCGUCAUCAAACUUGGCCGACUCUUUCCUGGUCGAUGUUCAGCAGUACGUGAUGGAAAUCGACGGGUAUACCGUUUCAAGGCCGCUGCGCGAAAACGUCAACAAUCAUUUAUUAGAAUCGCUGAACGACGAAUACGCGAAAGGUGCAUGUCUGAUACGCAUGUUGCAUGGAGCGAUAAGCGAUACCGCUUUUAGGAACGGCUACAAGAAACUGAUAAACAGGUGGAGGUACAACGCCACGGAUCUCGCUGAUUUUAUGAAUAUCCUCAAGGAGGAGACCGAGCUUCCGGAUAAAAUCUCGCUCGAGGAGGCGAUGAACUCGUGGAUCUCCCAAGGCGGACACCCGCUCGUUACCGUCAUGAGAAAUUAUGAAGAGAGAUCCAUCACCGUUUAUCAGGAACAAUUCUCUCUCGACAAACCGUCAGAGAGUACAUCGAAAUUCUGGCAGAUCCCAUUGAAUUAUAUUAACAGUACGGGCAAUUGGUCGUCUCCUACCACUCUGUGGUUCCCAGCGGAGCCGAGAAUCACUUUCUACCACGUAGAUCCGAACGAUUCUUGGAUACUUUUCAACGUGAAUAAGACUGGUUAUUACCGGGUGCAUUACGACGAGAAAAAUUGGAUGCUAUUAAAAGCAGCGCUGGCGGAGAAUCAUGAGUUGUUCCCGGUAGAAACGAGAGCAUCGCUUAUAGACGACGUUUUCAGUCUGGCCGCGAUGGGCGUGAUGAAAUACGAGGCCGCGUUCGCCUUUAUUAAAUAUAUGCAAAUGAGGGAAAGGCAUUACCAACCUUGGGCCGCGUUGACGCGGCACAUGCUCAAAUUGAGUAGGCUUCUGUACGAAACUUCGGUGUUCAACGAUUUCCAAGAGUACAUAGUGAAGUUUGUGUCCCCGUUGUACAACGAGACCGGGUAUAAACUGGAAGAAGGAUCCGAGUUGACGAUGGUCGCGAUAGAGCUGGCGUGCGUGUUCGAGCACGCGGAGUGUCUAGAUUGGGCGAAGAAUAUUUUUCAGAACUCGACCGACGACGAGGAGAUUGAAAAAUCGGUCCCUUCAUACGUCCGCGAAACGUUUUAUUGCACUAUAGCUCGUUACGGAACGCGGAAAGAAUGGAAUUACUUCACGGAGAAGAUACGCUCGACCGAAGACGAGGAGGAGAGGAAACGUCUGUUAUCGUCGGCCGCCUGUUUCCAAGCUCCUUGGGUCUUACAAUCGAUUCUCAGCGAAAUACUUCAAGGUAGAUUCAAGGAGGACGAAAUACCAGUAAUUUUAAAAUCGUUCCCACGAAAUCCAGCUGCCGCUCAAGUCGCGUCCCGAUUCGUCCGAGCAAAUUGGCCGGAAAUUGCGCAGAGGUUCGCGGGAUCCUACCCGAUACUGAAGUCUUUCGUCCUGUCGAUGGUCAACGGUUUAACCACCGAGCAGGACAUGGAGGACCUUCUAAUAUUCAGGGAAAACAAUUAUGACAGUAUGAAGGGGACGAGGUACGCCGCGGCUCUCGUAGAAGCCAACGGAAAUUUCGUGACGACGUGGUUGAAGAAUUCCCUGGCUCAGAUCGAGAACAUACUUAAAGUAAAAGCGUAGGAACGUUCGGCUGUAGCUGAGGGAAAGUGGAAGGGCAAACAGCCGUUUCGAAACUUGCGACGAAGCUCGAUUUCCGUAACGCUUGAGCCUCGCGCAGGAUCAUUGUCGCGUACUCGACGCGACGAAUCUUAACAUCUCUCGUUAUCCCUUAAACAAACAGCCCUUUCCACUCGUCGUUUCGCAUAAUAAUAAUAAUAAUAAUAAUAAUAAUAAUAAUAAUAAUAAUAAUAAUAAUAAUAAUAAUAAUAUGUACAUACGUAGCCAAGUCUGAGGUGUGCCUAUUCAGAGUUUUAUUUGAAAUCAGAAAUAUGCUGUUAUACACUAAUUUAUAAUUUAUUAUGAAUAUGCUACACAUGAUAUCGCUGCUGUUAAAUUCUGUCCCUUUGAAAUAUUCUUCCGUCUGAAUAAUACGUUUACCUGUUGUUUCUUGCCAAUUAUCGUUACUACCAAUACUCGAAAAGUAUUUUUUUCUUUUUUAAUUAAAGGUUUCAAUUAAAACCGUAUUACGAUCUUGUUUAACUGUGUCUACCCACGCACCGGGGGACAAGGGGGACGAAAGACAGGUACGAUGUCUACGACAACAAGUUUUAUUCUUCGAAUGCUUUUAUCAAGCAUGAUUACAAAACCAAGCAACAAGAAUCUCGUCCUUAUAUCGUUUAGUCUUAGAACGACGUCGUCAAUAAUUCGUAGGUACAUAUUUAACAAACGAUAUACAUAGUAGUUUAUGUAUCUAACGAUAUAGUAAUCGGUACUCGAUAAUUUCUUUCUCUUAUCGUUCUCUGCUCGUGUGCGGAUCUGAGUUUUGUAUGCGUGUCCAUUUUACUCUCGUCUUAAACAGCACUAUAUUGCUAUACAGUACGUUCGUUUGCUAUGUAUAAUUAUCGUUAUUAAUGAUAACCAUAUCCUUACUCGUCCUUACGAUUAGCCUACGUACACUAACGUCUCUGAAUAACGGAGUAUUUUUUUUUUUAAGCUACGCUCUCGUCGAGUUUACGCGUUUAAAACGUGUCGAGUGGUCGAAGAUCGGGACGCGGGUGUCCGUCAAAAAUGAUCACAAUUAAUCAACUAGCGAUGAAGUGACGAACGGACAAACACGGCUCUGAAAGCGAUCACUUGCUCCUCCUGUAUUCUAAACGUUCUCACUUUUAUUCCAUGACCUCACGAAGAUCGUUUUCAGAGUCCGAAAUGAUUCUACAUAUCUAAAAUUUCAGCGAGUCGAUGAGGACAGUUGGAAAGAGCAGAUUUUACAAUGACACCGAGCGAUCGUUCGGUUGCUCUUCGACGGUUAUUGUCAUCAUGCGAUUUAGGCUUGUCGCGCGUUCACUUGGCACAGUAAAGAUACGAGGUGGAAGGUUGUGAAUGAUGGAAUGCACGUUAAACAGUGAAAUCUCCGAUGGCAAUAACGAGACGAUUUCGUUUCGACUUGAAACGCGGUGCGCCUCAAUAUCUUUUGCCUGUUCUUAAAUGUAUGUAUCUUUCCGCC